AUGGACUACAUGAAACAAGAGGUCUUCAAACCCCUGAACCUGCACAAAUUGAUAGAGGGCCACGGGGUCUCAGACAGCAUCCAGAGAUUCUCCUCGCUGCCACCUUACCUCCCUGUGAGCUACCACGUCCUCAGAGCUGAGACCACCUUCUUCCUGAAGGAUACUACCCAGGACUUCACCGGCAACUCCAGCCUACAGUCCAGAGUUGAGACCUUCUUUACCUACAAAACCAAGCGGGCCCCGAUAUUAAACGCCAGCUACGGGCCCUUCUCUGUGCAGCAGGUGGUGCCUCAGGAACUGAUGCUGCCCUCCAACCCCUUCGGGCCCACCAGCAAGUGCCCGCUCAACUGGAAGCUGAAGGCCUAUGUCCUUCAGGACAGAGCCUACCCGAGCCGGCCCAAAGUGCAGGUUCUGUUCCACAUCGUGGGCCGGGACUGGGAUGACCACAGUGCCCCCGAGCACCUGCCCUGUCUUCGGGUGUUCGCCUUCCGGGAGACUCGAGAGGUCAGGGCCAGCUGCCAGCUGAGAGGGGCGCUUGGGCUGUGUGUGGCCGAGCUGGAGCUGCUACCCAGCUGGUUCAGCGCCCCCACCGUGGUGGCCGGGAGAAAGAAGGUGACUGAGCGGCCUGAGGGGACCCCGGUGGAGCUCUACUACGCCGUGCAGCCGGCAGACGGGCGUGGAGACUGUGCCAGCAGCGACCUCAGAAAGGGCAAUGCCAUCCGGCCGGGGAAGGAUGGGCUAGGUGAAACCACCUCCCACCUGCAGAGGAUUGGCACCGUUGGGCUCUACCGAACUCAGGACAGCGUCCAACUGAGCGAGCUGCGCCUGGACAGCAAUGUGGUCAUCUGGCUGCCAUCAAGGCCAGUCAGGCAAGGAGACGUGGUCACUGUCUAUGUCACCAUCGCCAGCAACUCCACCGUGGACCUCUUCAUCUUGAGAGCCAAGGUGAAGAAGGGAGUGAACAUCCUCAGCACGCAGACCAGCGAUCCACGACAGUGGGACUCCACGCAGGAGACAGGCAACGGCGGCAAACAUGCCACCACCACGGUGGUGUGCCAGCGCCUGGGGCCGGGUCCGCGUAACAGAAGCAGUGGCCUUUUCAGUGAGGUUGUGCAGAUGAACUUCGAGAUCGCCAGCUUUAGCAGCCUGUCGGGCACCCAGCCCAUCACCUGGCAGGUGGAGUACCCACGCAGAGGGACAAGUGACACCGUCAUGUCCGAGAUCCGCAUCAACCAGAAGGGCCUGGUGGGAAUCGUGCCCUUGGCCAUGGACACAGAAAUUCUGAACACAGCUAUCCUCACCGGAAAGACGGUGGCCAUGCCUACCAAAGUGGUCUCCGUGGAGGAGAACGGAGCCGUGACUGACGUCUCAGAGUCGGUAGAGUGCAAGGCCACUGACGAGGACAUCAUUAAGGUGUCCAACCACUGUGACUAUGUCUUCGUCAAUGGCAAAGAGAUGAAAGGCAAGGUGGACGUCACAGUGAACUUCACCUACCAGCACCUGAGUGCCCCCCUGCACAUGACUGUGUGGGUGCCCCGGCUGCCCCUGCAGAUUGAGGUCUCAGAUACAGAGCUGAGCCAGAUCAAAGGCUGGAGGGUCCCCAUCGGGGCCAGUAAGAGGCCCACUCGUGACAGCGAGGACGAGGACGAGGAGGAGCGGCGGCGCCGGGGCUGUGCUCUGCAGUACCAACACGCCACGGUGCGUGUCCUCACCCAGUUCGUGUCUGAAGGCCCCGGCCCCUGGGGCCAGCUGAGCCACCUGGUGAGCCCUGAGUGGCAGCUGGACAUCACCCACCUGGUGGCCGACUUCAUGAAGCUGGAGGAACCUGGAAUCGCCACGCUGGAGGAUGGCGGGGUCCUGGUGGGGCGCGAGGUCGGCAUGACCACCAUCCAGGUGCUGUCCCCUCUGUCAGACUCCAUCCUGGCGGAGAAGACGGUGACUGUGCUGGAUGACAAAGUAACAGUGACAGACCUGGCCCUCCAGCUAGUGGCCGGGCUAGCGGUCACCCUCCACCCCAUUGCAGAGAACAGCAAGGCCGUCACCGCAGUGACCACUGCUGAGGAGCAGCUCCGGACCCCGAAACAGGAAGCCUUGAUCAGCACGUGGCUCCAGUUCAGUGACGGUUCUGUCACACCCCUGGAUAUUUAUGACACCAAGGACUUCUCACUGACCGCCACCUCCCUGGAUGAGGCUGUUGUUUCGGUCCCCCAGGGCCGCUCCCUGAGGUGGCCCGUGGUGGUGGCUGAGGGUGAGGGCCAGGGCCCACUGGUCCGCGUGGACAUGACCAUUGCAGAGACCUGCCAGAAGUUCAAGCGCAAGAGCGUGCUGGCUGUGGGUGUCGGCAACAUCAGGGUCAAGUUUGGGCAGAGCGGCGCCGAGUCCAGCCCCGGCGGGGACACUGACAAGGAUGAGCAGAUCGAGAACCAUGCCAGUGACCGCCGGCAGAAGGGCCAGGAUGGGCACCCCCCUCUGGGCAGCUCUUCGGGGGGACGUGAGGAGGGGGCCCUUAGGAAAGCCAGCACCACGGCACGCUCGCUACUAGACAAGGCGGUGAGGACCGGCCUACUGGACGGAGAUCGGCUGCCCGGCGAGGACCAGCUGCAGAACAUCCCCAUCGACUUCACCAACUUCCCGGCACAGGUGGACGCACCUCGGGUGGGGACCGGGCUGCAGGAAAGCGGGCUGGUGCCCACACCCCGUGGCCUCAGCGACUUGGAGAUUGGCAUGUAUGCCCUGCUUGGGGUCUUCUGCCUAGCCAUCCUGGUCUUCCUCAUCAACUGUGCCACCUUCGCCCUCAAGUUCAGGGACAAGCAGGUGCCCCUGGAGGGCCAGGCCCCCGUGACCCACUCGCACGACUGGGUCUGGCUGGGGAACCAGGCAGAGCUCCUGGAAGCUGGGGGGGACCUGUCCCCACCCCAGGACGAGCACACCACCAUCCUGGACCGCAGGCUGGGCGGCUGCGAGGAGAGCAACCUGCUUCUCAGGGACACUUCCCCGAAGCAGGGCCAACCUCGCCACAUCGCAGACCCUGGGGGCCGGGAUGAGCCCCCCCACUCCCCCACCUCCCGGAGGAAGCGGGUCAAGUUCACCACCUUCACCACCAUCCCCCCGGAUAAUGGCUGCCCCACGGUCAACUCCGUCCUGGGCGGGAACGAGGAAGACGUCAAGUGGAUGGGCCGCGAUGCAGGCAGCUCCAAAGACUUGAGAGCCUACCUGGAGAGAUUCAAAGAGAAGGUGUAG